ACCCUUUUGUUUAACUUGGGCCUCCCUGAUUUCUCUUUCUCUUUCAUCUAAACUUGUUACCAAAGGUCUAAUCUCGUAGUAACAGAGUUAUUUUUCAGACCAAGCAAUUCUGGGACUCGUUUAAGCAAGUAUCUUCUCCAUCACGGACCCUCAGACAUAACAGUGCGCUUCUUACCUCUGCACGCUCAUACCAUACACGCAUCUACUUACGCACACACGCUGCCAUCCUCACACUACUACUUUACUGCUUUUCCCACUUCACAAAGAACCUGAACUUCUCAUCCCUUGUUACAUACAUCCUCGAGUCAGGUCAUCACAUCACUGCACCCACUUCAGCCUCUUUUGGACCCUUGAUCUGCCCAACACGAUGUCGACUGGAUACGGCAACGACUAUUACUCCACCGGUGACUACAGCGGCUCCAUGCCCAUGGCAGUCCCGGCUGGCAAAGACCACUAUUCUGAUCACUAUGGCGACUACUACUCCGUCGGCGGAAACAGAAGCCACGGUGCCUACUCAGUCUCACCACCGGAAUCAGAGGCGGCCGGCAGCAGCACUACCGCAUCUGGCGGGCUUUCCUACAGCACCCCUUCCGGAUAUGCCUCAUCGGCAUACUCUUCCUCGGCAGCUUACGGCGGCUACGACAGUUACGCAUCCAGCAGCCAAGGCGACUACGACAGCGCCGGGUCUGCGAGCGGGCUCGAUUUCAACGAGUAUGUCCAGGACCGAUUUGACCAGGUCCGGGAUCAGAGUGCUCUCGACAACUGCACUGUUACCCAGGCAAAAGUUUCCGGUGGACUGAACGCCAAACAGCGAGAGCUGCUAGACCUGCAAAAGAAGGCCCAGGCACGUCUCGCCAAGUCGCGCGCCCGAUUUGCUGAUGGUAUGCAAUCGGUGUACGAGGUCCGUGACGAUCUCGAGUGGACACAGAAGACCCUUUCAUCCAUUCAAUCCAAAGCGUCAAAGAAGCACCCAAAACAAUACAAGAAGGCGCGCGAACGAUACCCUUCUCCCGACUACUGAAGUCCAAAUUUACAGACUUUUAAAAGUCCCGAGAGCGGGCGACGUUGGUUCAUUUUGAGCCGCACGCUAUCCACAUCACCCCUGCUCUCCAAACGUUGCUUCUGAAUAUUUCCUAUUUCGUCAGUUAUUGUACCCCAGGCGGAUACCAGACCUGUAAAAAAAAACCCAGUUUUUUGUUUGUUGACGUUGUAUUGAUCUAUCUCUAUUUUGAUAUUUUUAAACCUGUUACGAGCGCCCAGAUCGCACACACCCCUCACUUUUCCCUCUCCCCACACACACACACACACACACACACCCACACGCCCAGCACGCAAACUCGAUCCUACCUGUCUUAGGCACGGGCGCGGGUAUGCAGGGGGAACCACCCGUAGCGGAUCAGCGGGUGGACUUUGGGAUGUGGGAUGCAGUUCGGCAAGGGAAGAAACAUGCAGCGCGCGUUCCUGUAAGUUGCACAGUCUUCCCCUUGUCGGAAGGUAGUUGAGUGGUGUGCGGCAGCCCCCGGGUUUUCUGGCUUUUCUCGGCGUCUUUCUCUUUUCCCAAAGGCGGAAGCGGGCGGCCGCUCUCUCAUGAGGAACGAUUUAUGAUUGGACGAAAGAGUGUUUUCCAGACAUGGUUUCCCUGAUUUUUCGGGGACAGGGGAAGGAAAGUACAGGUACAUGGGCCAAAAAAGCAAAGCUGCUGCAGGCACGGGCGGGCGAAAACACCCCAGGGGUGGUGGGUGUGAGUAAACAACGCGUCAGUCCUGCAGGGUGUGUGGGGUGGUAUUCCGGGAGAAUAUCUCAGUAGGCGGUAGGCCCAGAGAGCUGAAGACGAGUAGGUUUGGCGAGCAGCGGUCCUGCAAGAUCGAUCGGGGAAGGGAACGGGGGAGGGCGUGUGAAAGAGAGCCAGAUGGCGCUUGUCCUCUUCGAGGACAUGUAUAUUGCUUCUUUAGGAAACCCCAGGCGGGCAUCGACGAGGCCAUCAGAGCUGGAAGCGUCUGGGGGACCACGUGAAAGUAUUAUAGGCGAGCGUAGUGGCUUUGUCAUGAUUUCAUUGGGCGUUUUGGGAACGGCUCGGGUUCGGCAGCUCUCUUUUUUUCCGAUAUUAACUCAGUAAAUCGUACAACUUGAAGCCCGUGCCAGUGACCGCCUGUACCUCCAGGCGGGGUCCCCACCAGCGUGCCUGAUCAUGCUCA